GGAGCAGAGCUUCGCUGCGCCCCGAGAAGGCGGCCCAGGUCAUUGACAGCACUCGCCUCACUGCUCAGGAAUCCGUGCGGUCCCCCACUCCCCCUCCCCAGAGGGAAGCAGGUACCGCUACAGCCGGCUCCGGCCCAACCCGCCCUCGCCGGCAGUCGUCGCUGACGAGCAGACGCUGGCGCACCACCUCCGAGCGAUGUCGCAAACGACGCACUGAAGGCGGAGAAAAACUAUCGUGAGUUCUAACGAGAGAGACUUCAGAGUGAGAUGGGCGGGCUGUGGCGACUCGUGCUGUGUUUACUGUCCUCCGCGCUGCUGGCGGCAUCGGAGGAGGAGAACCCCUUCGUGGAGAUGGCGAAGACUUUUUUGAAAGAGCAGAUGCAAGGCCAGGGGGGCAGCUCCGGCGCCGGCGGGGCUCUGGGCGCCGUCGGCGCCAUGAUGCAGAGUUUCAUGCAGGGCGGGGGCGGUAGACAGCUGGGAGACCUGCUCAAGGACUCGGACUUCGUGGCCACAGUGGGCUCGGCCCUGGCCGGCGCCGCGGGCAAAGAGGCCUACGGCGACAGCCCCAACUCGGGCGUCAUAGACCCGCAGCUCAUCGCCGACCUGGUCGGCGCGUUCACGUCCGGCCACAGCGACGAGAACAACAAUGACGUGAAGCAAGGCCGCGACCUCCGAGACGAACGGAGGCCGCAGCAGCAGGGGCAAGUGGACUGGAGCAGCAUGCUGGACCUCGCCCUCAGCUUGGCCGGAGGUACUCAGCAGGACCAGCCACGAGGCGGAGGCAACCCUCUGCAGGGGCUGCUCGGUCUCUUGCCGGCCCUCAUGCAGGCCGCCAGCAGUGGCGAAGCGCCGAGGGCCGAAGGAGCCGGCCUCAGCGAGGCCAGACCCUCUCUGUUCGCCCCCGUGCUGGCAGCUUUCCGCGACUACUGGGAGCACUUCAUGAGCUCCGAACUGGGCCAGACGCUGUGGAAGACCAGUGGCCUGGAGGCCACGUUCAGGCUGUUCACCGACAAAGACGGAAAUCUCGAUACGGAACGCAUAUACAGGUCUUUGGAGAACGCCAGCUUCCGGAAGCGGUGGGUGCGCAGUCUGGCGACCUACGUCUCUGAGUGGAUCGCUCACGUUUCAGAUCCUUCUACGCAAAAAAGGUACUUAACAACAGCACAAUUCAUGGGAAAUGGAUUUCUUAAGGCGCAAGGCUAUCCUAAAUCCGUGAUGUUUGAUCCUGCAAGACCAUCAGAAUCUCUCACUCGCAUCGUAAAUGCAGUUUUUAAGAAACAAUUUGGUUUAAAAAUUGACUCAGCAACUUACAUAAAACCAGCUGUUGCUUAUCUUCAGGAAGUCUUCAAGCUGGGACAGGCGAAAGGUCUCAGCUUAUCACACCUUAGUCCAAAGGAGAUUGAAGACAAACUUACAGACACAAUAAGUGGUCACAUAAUUGAACCAGCAAUGAGGGUCUGGAGAGCUUACUGGUACGCAACAAGGCACCCUCAGUGUGAGGAGUAUGUAAUAUGUACUGUCAACCAGAGAGAUACUGCGACAGAAGGGGGUUUGAAGCCUGGUGUCACUAAAUUAUCCAGCAUGGUUGCCAUAUGGAUCCUGUCAAGCAACAAUGGGAAUUCUUUCUGGAAGCUUUACAGUGCUGCUGUUGAAGGUCAUGAUUGCACAAUUCAGUACCCUGCAAACUGUGGAACAUUUCAUGAAGAAGACAUCAAAGCAACGACAGAAUAUAUUCACAGUGAGCUGUAAUGCAUAUCAUCCUACUUCCACAAAUAAAUUAUACAUUUUAAACCAAA